AAAAUGUUUCCGAGAUUUGCUUCCAUACAUUUUUUGCUUUGUUUUGCUUGCGUGACCGUCAUUGAGGUGAAAUCAAGCAGAUUAUCGUGGUGUGAUCCCGAGUUGUGCCCGAAUGGCAAGCAGCACAUUGCAUGCGGACAUGAUGGUAGAUUCACCGCUGCCUGCCCCGAGGACGCUGUCAUGAUAGAUUUGCGCUCCUACAAAAAGGAAAUCUUACACGAGCACAAUAAACGGCGUAACUUCGUAGCGCUCGGUGAGUUGCCCGGCUAUUAUCCUGCUUCGCGCAUGGCCACCAUGGUGUGGGACGAAGAGCUCGCCUUUCUGGCGGCGCUCAACUUGAAAAUGUGUUAUGUAGAGCACGAUGAGUGCAACAACACCCCUCGCUUUGCGAACGUGGGACAAAAUCUCUCUGGCGUGGCCUACCAGCGACAGGGUGUUAGCAUCAGCGAAGUGAUAAGCCGUUCGAUGGGUUUGUGGUUUGGCGAAUAUCCACUGAUCAACAGUAAUUAUAUAACGAAAUUCCGCGUCUCAUCGAAAUUCGAACAAUAUGGUCACUUUGCGGAGUUCGUGGUUGAUCGUAAUACACACGUUGGCUGUGCUGUUAUCCGUUAUACCAAUCCUUCAUUUCCCUUCUUCCACAUCUACAAUAUGGCCUGCAAUUAUGCGAGUAAAUAUGCCAUCGGUGUUCCGGUCUAUAGUGUUGGUGAGUCGGCGUCGGAAUGUGAAACUGGUAGUAAUCGCAAUUAUCCUGGUUUAUGUUCGACAAAGGAGAAAUACAAUCCAAACUACCAAUAUUAGACAGUAAGAGCAUUUGUUG